GCACUGUCAAAUUAGGAUCUCAAAGUAUUUAAUUGAUGACACCCAUAAUGUUUGUGAAAGGUCAGACUUUUUUGGGGUGCGUUGAACUUUAAAUGCAAGAAUUUCUAUGUAAUUAUAGUCCCUGAUUUAUCUGUCGUUGACCAAGAUUUGGCCAAGUGUGUUCUGCUCUUGUGCCUAUUUGCAGGCCGACUAUAAAUAGUGCAGAAGGCUACGCAUGCUCCUGUUUGAUUGGAAAUUACAGCGCCUUAAGUCAGUGGAGUAUCUGUCAUGGGAGGGAAUGACAUUUCUGAAUGGUUGCGGUGAUUUUUAUGGGAAGCUGCAAGCUGGGGGAUUAAACUACAAAACCUUUCCUCAGAGAUUCAUUUUUUUACCAUCAUAUUUUUGAAAAAGCAAUGGGUUCAAGGAGGACGAUGGUAUGUUACUCUUUUGGAAAUGGAAGGUCUAGCAAUGGGAACGAUGUUAGAGGGCGAAGUCGGUCCAGUAGCUUCAGCUACCUCUCCAACCUGAGGCCAGAAAACAGGAGCACAUUCUGCAGUAUAAUGGCACAGUUAGCAGAAGAAAUGCAGCCGUCCUUUGUGACUACUUUGAAAUCCAAGGCUGUGUCUGAAAACUGCAAUGUAAAGUUCACCUGUGUGGUUACAGGACACCCUGUCCCACAAGUUACCUGGUAUAAGGAUGACAAACAGCUGGAUAGAUUCUGUGGGCUGCCAAAAUACGAAAUAUUCCACAAUGGACAAAAUCAUUCCCUGCAUAUUCAUAAUUGCACUGUGGACGACGCUGCAAUCUACCAAGCUUCUGCCACCAACAGUAAAGGAAUUGUGUCCUGCUCCGGGGUCCUUGAGGUUGGCGAAAUGAACGAGUUCAAGAUCCAUCAGCGUUACUUUGCCAAGCUGAAACAGAAGGCUGAAAACAAAUGCAGGGAAACACAAGGAAAAGAAAACCUGGAGCCACUGCGAACCAUCAGUCCUGACCGAACACAGAGGAAACGCCGCUCAACAAUGGAGGCCUUUGUCAGCACGCCCAACUCCAUUGAGGAUGAAAGCAAUGAGGCAGAAGGUCUACAGACUGAAUGUAGGUUGCAUGAGGGAACCGUAGAAGAGGUCUAUAAAACUCAGGCCCCAGACACAAAGGAAACGACGUCUGCUGAGCUCAAUGGACAAAUAAACAGUGACCCUGAAAACAAGAGUAGGACAUACACCUAUGAUCCUGAUCAUAAGACAUUUUCCUCUCAUCAACCAAAAUCCCCUUUUGUUAUGAAGAAGAUUAAAAUAUCCAACAAUACAACACAUCCAAAACCAGAAAAGGCUGGAGAAAGGAAUACAAUCAAAAACCACAAUUCUUUUGUAUCUCCAGUCUGUGCAAAUAAUAUACAAACCAAUGGGAAUCCAGAAGAGAUCAUGGAAGUGGAAAAUGUUUCGGAUUCAUCACUUUCAAAUGCUUAUUCCAAAAAAAUAAAGGGGGAAUGUGGACAAUUAGCAAAAGAGGAGGCCAUGUUUGUUAAAAAUCAGUCAAAGGAUGAAAACAUAUUUCAUAAAAGGACUGUGUCUUCACAAAGAGACAAUCUCACUACAUCAGAGUCCUCUGCUGCUACAUCUCCUAAGUCUAUGUUCGAAAAGGAGGGCAAGAAAAUAGCCAAUCACAAAAAUGAAGGCAGUUACAAAGAUACAGAAAAGUGUUUGGAGAGACAGAACCAAGUUCCUCAUGUGAUGCCUGCACAAAACGAGUCGUGCAAUAAAUUAAGACUUCUAAGCAUAAAGAAAGAGGACAUUGAUAAAGCAGAGCAUGUUAGAGCAUUGGAUAUUGAAGUUAAGUCAAACACAUUAUUGGAUGGAUCUGGUUGCAGUAAGCAGCUGGACACAUCAUGUAACGUAAUGGAUGUCUCCCCUCAAUGUUCAUAUGGACGGGGUGAAAGUCUGCUGUCUGAGAAAGAGACAAGCCUCUGCCAAAAAAAGGAGUCUGCGUCUCGACCAGCAGUGCCAAGUGAGGUUACAGAGGCUGACGGAGUCAUGAACGGGAAUGAUGCACCUGUCGGCCUUAAGCUACCACUCAACCAACACAACAUAAACCCAGAGCUGCCACAAAAGACAGAUCACAUCCUCACCUCUCCUUUGUCCGGCGGUCCUCACCCAAGCCCUGAUGGAAUAACACAGGAUACAUCGUCCGAUUCCAGGAAACCAAAUGGAGGCUGCACAGCCAUUUUUACUCACCCUCAGAAGUCAGCACACAGAAUCCCUGGUCAUGGAGAUAGCAUCAUGGACUGUAAUGUUCUGUCUGUCACCCAGCAAAGCCAGAUAAAUACAGCUAUAAAAACAUUUGAGGGGACAAAAAUACAAGAUGAGAAGAUAGAGAUUGGUGAAAUACAUAAAGUAGCUGUUCAAGCUGUCAAUGGGAAGUCAAGUGUGAAGAUACUGGAAAUGGAGGCUGAAACCUCUGGCCUUCAUGGCCAAAAUCAGUCAGAAAAGACCAAAGAUGAAGGAAAAAAAGACUCUGAAGCAAAAUCUACACAAUAUCCAAUUGUUGAAACUAAGAAGAAUCAAUCCACAUUAAAAGUGGUGGAAAACACUCAUUUACACCAUAAGGAAUUUAAGUCAGGUCCACUUGAGACACAAAAACAAACCCUAGAAAAGACAGAAGCACCUAAUGGCAACAUAACAUUCAGAAAAAUCCCCAAACGUGAAUCUAAAGUAAUAUCUGUUGCUGAAAUGUUAAGAUCUCAAAUAAAGGCUCUUGAGUUAGCACAGAGCAAUCCAGUCUCUACUAUGUCUGCCUUCUCCAACUCAAAACCUGAUUCUAUGAUAAAUGCUAAAGGAGUGGGUCAGGAAGCAAGAAAUGGAGCAAAAAUAAAUAAAUCAGAUAAGAAGACAUUCAAGACUAAGACUGAAACUGAGGAAAUUAUUGGUGGAGCACCCCACUCAAGCCUAAAGGAAACACUCAUGAAAGUGUAUCAGGAACUAAAUGAAAGGGAACAGGAACAAAAUCUGACCUCAGAUGAAACUUCAAAAACUGCUCGACCUUCACACCAAGAUGUUGUGCUCCCUUCUAUCUAUUUCAGUGUGAAUGAUACAGCAACAGACAUAACCCUGCCAUGUCGGAAAGUUGAAGAUGUUAUGGACACCAGUCGGGAAACUGUGGUUUCAUUUACAGAUAAAUCUAAUGUUAAUGAAAAUCCACAUUCUUUACCUUCAGAAAAUGGAUUUAUUAAGGAAAUUCAGUCAAUUUCAAAUCCACCUGUAACCAGUCCUCUGGAAUCCAGGUCAAAAGCGAAUGCUGAAAAUAAUCCUCAAGCUGUACAGAGUAAUACUAUGGAGAACUCUAAAGAUGGAACUGUCCAAGGUCCCAAAAUGAUGUCUCCCGUCCCACAACUAAACCUGAACAAUAAAUUGGAAGUGGGGAUUACAGUUUUGGAGCAACACAAGAUGGAGGAGCCUCCAAUUAAUUCCACACAGAAACUGCAAACGUAUCUUCAGUCUGACCGUGAAUCUAAAACAAAUAUACAAGUGAAGGAUAUUCUUCUUAGAGAGGAGAGCUCGGUCAUUAAGGAAGGUUCGCGGCCUGACCCCUUUAACAGUUUAACUCCAGAAUCCAGUCCCCUGAUUAAGAACACUGACGUUGUUUCAGAAAUCCCUUCUGCUACUCCACAAGAACUAGCCUCUGGGGCACGUCGUAAAAUCACAGCCUCUAAUGCAAAAACAGUGGAAGCUCAAGAGUCAACAUCCCCCUCAAAUAGCCAAACCCAGAAAAAAGAGAUAUCUGUACAUACCAGCACAAUGUCUCCAAGCCUAUCUCGACGGUCAGCAUUACUCCAGCCUGCUGAAGAGCAAACAUCUGUGGUCAAAAGGCAUUCUCCACUUUUGACCAGAAGGAAGAUUGCCUCUGAAACUCAAACACAAAGCAAGCCACUCACUGAGAAGAUCCAACCUGAGGGGACAUCUGCAGAGAAGGACAAACAUAACCCAUUUAAAGCUCCUCAGGUUAUCCGUAAGAUCAGAGGUGAAACCUUUGCUGAUGGCUCAGGACACUUGAAACUGUGGUGCCAGUUCUUCAAUGUUCUUAGCGACUCCAACAUCAAGUGGCACAAAAAUGAGGAGGAGAUUGCUCAAGUUACGAAAAGUGCAGGGGAUGAAACCCAAGUCAAUCUCGCUAUUGUUCAAGCAUCAUGCAAAGAUUCAGGAGUUUACGGAUGCACAAUAACCAAUGAAUAUGGCUCGGACUCCACAGACUUUCUACUUAGCGCUGAUAUCUUGGCCGGAAUGUCUCUGCGUGAGGACCUUGGUGUUGGGGAGGAAAUUGAAAUGACCCCCCUCAUAUUUAACAAGGGGCUGGCUGAUUCUGGUGUCUGGGGCAACAAAUUCUUUGGACGUAUUAUGAUCACAGAAUCACGCAUCGGAGAUGGAUGUUCCCAUAAAGUCUGGAGAGCCAAAGUCAUUUACGGUCUAGAGCCUGUUUUUGAUUCUGGUAACACAUGUAUAAUUAAAGUACGCAGCCCCGUCAUCUAUGGAGGCAAGGUGGAAAGCUCUCUCAUAGAAAGAAACCUGCACCUCAUAAAACAGGAAUGUAGAAUUCAGAACUUGGCACGGGAAUACUGCAAAAUCUUCGCUGCGGAGGCGAGGAUCAUAGAAAACUUUGGACCCACCCUGGAGGUCAUUCCAUUGUAUUUAAUGUACAGACCUGCAAACCCCAUCCCCUACGCCACAGUGGAAACUGAUCUGAUCGGAGUUUAUAAGAAAUACUCUGCUCUGGAUAAUACAGGGAGAACAGAUGUGAGGACUGGUUCUGAGGUUGAACUAAAGUGCUGUGCCUUGCAGCACUGGAUAUUUCAGUGGACUUCUGGAAAUUUCCUAAUCACUCGUUUGGAAGGUGUCGACACCAAGAUCACAAAUGUCAACGUUUCAGUCAAAACAACAGGAUACCUGGGUUUAUCUAUUGAUGGGAAUCCCAAGGUAUUUGAUCAGUUUGUUCUGCAGCAUAGGUGCAACUACUUCUGUGGCCUGCUUGGGCUAAAGUCUUUGAAGGUCAUUGACUCAUUAAGCAUGCCGGCAAGAGCAAAGGGCUCCAAGAGCCCCUUACUGCAGCGAAAGAAGGUUAUCGGUUCUUCCAGCCCACAAACCACAAGGAAAGCUGCCGGUAGCCCCAGGAUACCCAGGAAGGCUGAACAUGAAGACAAGAAGACUCAUUCACAGGAAAAAGAUUCUGAUGCUUCCAGAGAGGUGAAUAAAUUGCAGACCUGAAUCCCAAUGUAUUCCACUGGAUCUUUUAAUAAAACUAGUAGCACCACAGAAGUCCCUGGAUGGAGGUAAAAGAAGUGUUAUCUAACACCAUUCCUUGCCCUAUGAUUCUAGCUAUGGAGCACCUUAGUUACAUGCCACAUUUAUAUUUAUUCUUUAGUUCUGUAAGAGGCAAUGGAGUCCAUUUAUGAAUGUAUUAUUUUUGUCAGCUGAGCACCAAAGAAAACAGGUUGCAAGCUAAACAUAGGUCAGUAUACUACAUGCCGUAAAUAUGAUUUGUAAACCUACUCAAACUAGAGAUGUUCUACUUGUAAUAUCUUUGCCACUUUACUUUUGUUACCAUUCUUAUCAGCUUAAGAAGUAAAGAGAAGAUCCAGCCUACAAAGCAUUAAAUCAUUCACAACAGAACAGGAGUUAUGAUUUACAUUUUGUUAUAAGAAUAUAUGAGAUUUAAUGGAGCUUCAUGGCACGUGAUUGGAUUAUUGGCGUUUAUUACGUAACCUGAGAUGUUUCCUUGCUGUCCUUCUUUGCACUUUGCGUUUUUAAGAACUACUUUUUUGAAUGUGUCUCACUGUAUUGUAUAAUAAAAUAAACUCAUUUGUUCAGAGAUGAUUGAUCAAAUGGGUGAAACAUAGCCUGUGUUACAUGAACUUCUUCUUGG